AUGCCAGAGGCCUGUUUCCCCGACUACCAACUUUCUGGGAAGGCGCUGCAAACUUGGCUACAGCGCAGGUUCAAGGAUGACACGAUCGUUGUCGAAUCUAAAGAUGGACAAUAUGUGUUUACCCUGCCAGAAGGCCAGGAACUGACCGAAGAUGACGAGCAGGACAUUUGCGAGCUGCGCACCAAAAAGAAGAAGAAAUGA